GAGAGAUAGUAAAGUUAUUUGUAUGUUGGAGGAAAAUUGUAAAUACCUGAACCUAAUUUAAAUAUCUAAAUUUAUACAAUAUAACGUGAAACGUUCGGUCAUUUAUUACAAUCUACUUGCUAAAUUUAAAAUGCCGCAUUUUCAUUUGGAAACCAACCUACCUCAAGAACAAAUCCCAGAUGAUUUACCAGAAAAAAUUUGCUCCAUUUUAGCAAGUUCUUUGGGAAAACCAAAAGAUUACUGUGCAGCGACAAUAAUAGGGGGAGCAAAGAUGUAUUUUAAAGGAUCAAGUCAACCUACGGCACAGGCUACUUUGAUGAGCAUAGGCUCUUUAGGGGUAGCGGAAAACAAAAAACAUUCAAAAGUUUUGUUCGAAGUUAUUGAAAAGAGUCUUGGAAUUCCUUCAGACAGGGUAUAUAUCCAUUUUAUGGAAGCAGCAACUAAGGACGUAGGACAUGGUGGAACAACUUUCCACGACAUUUUAGGAUAACUAAUUUGACAAUAGUAAUUACUAUUUACCUGAUUACAAAAGUAUUGAAUGUACAAAUACAAACUUUAUUUUUUGUUGUAAUUAUAGUACAUUAAAAUAAAAAAAAAAACAAUUUUAAAAAUGUUAAAUAAAGUCGGA